AUGUUUGGAAUCUCGUUUCAUCCGACUUCCGGUGCUCGCUUGCUGCACACUGGAACUGAUGAACACGAUGGACCCGUUCGAGGGAUUUGUUUCCACACGGAUCAACCAAUAUUCGUUUCCGGUGUGAAACGCCACAAACAAAAGCUAUGUUUCUUCAUCCUGCUUGGCCAUUUGGGACUCAUAUCUGAACCAGAGCCCGAACCACAUUUUCAUCACAAAUAUCCAUGGAUUAUCUCUGCUUCAGAUGAUCAAACGGAGUUAACUUGGCUGCUCUCUCAUCACAAAGGUAUCACCGAUUCUGGCUUCUGCCCAGACGAUCGUCAAGUUAAAGAUGGCGUUACAAUGAAAGCAAGGCUUGGGAGGUUGAUGCUUCGUCGUGGUCACUGCUACCAAUGUCUCCCUCGGUCUUUGUUCCACCCAAAAUGC